AUGAAGGGCUACAAGGCCUUCUUCUGUACCCUAAGGGCUUGGCACGGGGUAUAUAGGCUCCUCGGCCUCCGUACCUCUGCCUCCGACCCUAAGGUUUACUCUCGUUACCCCCUAUCCUGCAUUCCCUCUCUGCCUGUACAUAUUCACUUCCUCGACGUUCUCGAAGACAGGCAUCUAAAAAGCGAACUUGGUGGGGGCGGUGGCGGGGGCAACCUUGUUCGCGAAGGUUGUUGGUUUACAAGUAUUAACGCAAAACCGCUGUCUCGCACAUGCUGGUGGAUACAGGCCUCUGCACUUUUAAGGCCAUUUAAGGUCAUUGAACUCACAAUUAUGCAGCUCCAUGCUGGUGGUGGUGGUGGCAGCGCUGGUAACUCUUGUUGCAGAGCGGAGCAUUCUUUUUGGAGUAUUUUUUCAGAGUUGUGGCUUGACGAUAUGAAGCUAAUCAAUGCCUGUGGCUGGUGUCCGAGAAAUAAUUUUUCUGGUAAAUUACGGAAUUAG